CUGUGGGUGCUGGCGGCGUUGCACGCGCUGGGCGCGCUGCCGGCGCCGCUGUUCCGCGCCCUGCUGCAGCAUGUGGUGCAGCAGCAGCCGGUAUGUGUCUGACUGCCCGCUGUGGGCGCUGGCGGCGUUGCACGCGCUGCCGGCGCCGCUGUUCCGCGCCCUGCUGCAGCAUGUGGUGCAGCAGCAGCCGGAUGACGGCAUAAUGGAAAUACUGAAAGACACCAGUUUGUCGUCACGGGACGAAUGCGCGCGCGCGGCGGCGGUGCUGCGGUGGACGCUGCGGCAGGCGCACCGCAACAACUGCAGUGGCGUUCAGUUAGCCCGCGAUCUACUGGUACUGGGAGUGCCGCGCGCGCAUGCGGCCGCGCUGGCCGAGACCGCUGACAGCACGAGAGAGACCUACGAGGGACAAGUCAAGAGCGCCGGGUUCAUGAUUAACAAAUUAACCGAUGCAACCGUGUCUGAAGGUCCGGAAGGCACCGUAGAAACGGUCAAACUCACCCUACAUUCCGAUGAAGUGUUCAGCGGAGAACAGAAGAUGGCUGAACUGCUUAUAGACAAAACUCAAGUAGGCACUCUACUGCAGGAACUGAAGAAAGCUAAGAAGAUAAUGGACGAACUCGAUGUGCAAUAAAACGUAACUAAAGUGU